UCAUAACAAGUGCAAGUCUAGACUUCAUUGUGACCGCGACACCAGGAUCAUGGAUGGUUGAAAUAGGAUGCCAACCAUGCACAAAUAAUAAAUGGGAAAUACGACCGACCCUUUUAACUUUGAGACUCCGGAAGGACGUUACAUUUACAUUUGCCUUGGAAGGUCAUAACAAUCGAUCGACCUGGCCUGAAAGUCAAUCUCUGCCUCUUUCGUUAUAUGUUUUGGACCCCUCUUUUGCUCUCGCUCCGUUUUACAUUCCUGAGUUUUAUUCUUAUUCGGCCACGUUGUAGGAUUCUGUCCCUUCUUCAUUUGUUCUUCAUCACCAGCAGCAGUAUGUAUUUUCACCUUGUUUGAAAUCCUUCACCAGAAUGAUUGAGAGAAAGAUGACGGACGCAAAUGGCGACCAACCAGCCGUGGAUGCAAUACGCACACAAGCUACAUCUUCUCAAGCAGUGGACGAUGCCUGGAAUUUCUUGGACAAACAUGCCAAUGUCCAGUACACGGACUUGGACCUGGUCGCAAUCCGUCAUAAAGUUGAUCGGCGCAUUUUACCCUUCAUGUUUUGUUGCUAUUUCCUACAAUUCAUCGAUAAAGUGAUGUAUAAUGGGUCAUGGGAAUGAAAACAGACCUGGACCUGAAGGGAAACAAUUUUAGCAAUGGCGCAAGUGCCUUUUUCAUUGCAUCCUUGGUUGCUGAAGUUCCGAAUACAUAUCUUCUCCAGAAGGUCCCCCCGGCAAAAUGGUUGAGCAUCAAUGUCAUGCUCUGGGGUGUUGCAGCGGCGGCGGCGGCCGGUGCAAAGAACUAUACGACUCUACUUGUCGCGCGUAUAUUCCUUGGGAUUUUUGAAGCCCCGGUAGCGCCAUCCUUGAUGAUUAUAAGCGGUCAAUACUAUACAAAGUCCGAACAGGCUCCACGAUUUACAUUUUGGUUUUUAGGCCUCGGAGUAGCCCAAAUCAUCGGCGGAGUGAUCUCCUUUGGCUUCCAACAUGUCCACCAUGCAUUCGCCGGCUGGCGUAUCAUGUUCCUUGUCAUGGGGUUGAUAACUGUUGCUGUAGGACUAGCCACCUUACUUUUCCUUCCAGAUACCCCCAUGCAGGCGAAGUGGUUAUCAGACGACCAAAAGGUGACGCUACUUCAGCACGUUCGUGUGAAUCAGACCGGCAUUCGUAAUGGCAAGUUCGAUCCUAAGCAGUUGCUGGAAGCAGCUCUUGAUCCUCAGGUGUGGCUGUGGGCGUUGAUGCUCGCCUUGCAAGCCGUUUCCAGCGGGGUGGUCGUGGUGUAUUCGUCUACGCUUAUAGCCGGUUUUGGCUUUGGCGGACCUAUUUCGGCCCUUCUAAAUACCCCUUCAGGGAUUGUCAGUAUCUUCUUUACUGUCUUAGUGGGUAUUGGCGUCCGCAAGGCCUCCAAUCGAUGGGCAUGGGUCUUUAUCUGCAGUAUUCCAGGAAUUAUCGGCGGCGGACUCAUGUCUUUCCUUCCCAAGAGCAAUCGAGCCGGAAUAUUGAUUGGAAUCUACCUAGUCAAUUCAAUCGUUGCUCCGACACCAGUGAUAUACCAUUGGAUCGCCGCCAAUUGCGCAGGAUACACAAAGCGCGCAUUUACAAGUGCUGUGGUGGCCGGCUUCUUCUGUGUUGGAAAUAUCAUUGGGCCACAAACUUUCCAGGCAAGGGAUGCCCCCGAAUACCGACCAGCUAAGAUUGCAGUCCUGGUGACUCAGGCCGCCGCGGGAAUAUUGGCUGUCGUUCUAUUCGGGUACUAUGUCUGGGAGAACAAGCGGAGGGAUCGCGCCCAGUCAACCCAAGAAGGACAGGGGGUGGUCACGGACGAGAAGGCAUGGGGUGGGUUGACUGACAAACAGAACAAGGACUUCCGUUACGUGUAUUAAGUGGAGUAAUCAUAACUCGCAAGGAUUCU